GCUUGUGGCUGUUUAGAACCAAAGGAAGUGCUUUACCAACGAUGGUCAGGGAAAUAACAGGCACAGUGUUGGAUCUUAUUCUCUCUUUUAAAAAAAAACAAACCUGCACCUGUUUCUGGAGUGGCUUGGAAAGACUCACCUGAGAGGACUGGAAGUUCUCCAGAGAGGGAGGAGAACAUGAAACCAGCAGGAGAAGGCAAAGAGUGCAAUGUCUAGGACAUGGUGAGAGUGUCAGGAAGAGGACAGAAACCAUUUUUUUCCUUGUCACCGGUCAGAAAAUGAACAUGUCAGCAAGGGUAGUGUUUGGAAAGGGGCGCCUCACCCCCAAACAGCUUUCCUUCGCCUUCCCUCAGACAGAUUCCCUGAGGAAAGGCAGUCGGUCGGCAGGAGGAAAGAGAAGGAUGUUCUCCUUUUCCAUUAGAUGUCGACUGGGCAUCAUCAGAGGGAGAACCAAAGAUGAAGGACCAUACUCAAAGGGGAGCAAGGAGUCCGGGGCAACUGACCAAUCACAUUCAUCCCAGAGACGCAGCUUCUCAGCAGAGGAGUACCGAGGAGUGACCACGGUAGACCUGAUGAAAAGGGAAGGCAGCAGCCUCGGCCUCACCAUCUCCGGAGGCUCUGAUAAGGACGGCAAGCCCAGAGUGUCAAACCUACGGCCAGGUGGGCUAGCUGCCAGGAGCGACCAGCUGAAUGUAGGAGACUACAUCAAGUCAGUGAACGGCAUCAACCUGUCAAAGCUUCGCCACGAUGAGAUUAUCAGCCUGCUGAAGAAUAUCGGGGAGCGAGUAGUGCUGGAGGUGGAGUACGAGCUGCCUCCAUAUGUCCAGAAUCCCUCAGGAGUCAUAACCAAAACCAUAGAGGUGUGUUUACACAAAGAGGGAAACAGCUUUGGGUUUGUCAUGAGAGGAGGCUUCCACGAGGACUGGCGCAGGUCUCGUCCUCUGGUGGUCACAUGUGUGAGGCCUGGAGGUCCGGCUGACAGAGAGGGCACUUUGAAGGCUGGAGACCGAGUAUUGAGCAUAGAUGGGAUGCCUUUAAACAGAGAGAAGCACGCUGACGCCUUGACCAUGCUGAUGCAGAGCGGCCAGGAAUCCCUGUUUCUGAUUGAGUAUGACGUCUCUGUUAUGGAGGCAGUGCAGCAAGCCUCAGGCCCUCUGCUGGUGGAGAUAGUGAAAAGUCAUUCUUCCAGUCUGGGGAUCAGCCUCACCACAACAAUAUACAGGAGCAAACAAGUUAUUAUUAUUGACAAGAUAAAGGCUGCCAGUGUGGUGGAAAGGUGUGGAGCGCUGCAUGUAGGUGACAUCCUUCUGUCUAUAGACGGGACCAGCACGGAGCACUGCUCACUGAUGGAGGCCACGCAGCUACUGGCCAGCACUUCUGAUGUCGUAAAACUGGAGAUUCUCCCAGCAAGUCAGAGCAGACUUCCUGUCAGGCCGCAAGACACAGUAAAAGUGCAGAAGAGCAACCAUCAUCACUGGGACCAAAGCAGCAACUACUGCCAUCCCCCACAUGCCAGCCACUGCAAGACAUGGAGCAGCCCAAGCCACCCACACAACCAGCAGGACCACUGCAAAUCUCUGGUGAGUGGUGGCUUCUCCCCUUCUUCCACAGCCACCUCAGGCUUCAGCAGCCAAGGUAGCAACACACUGCCCUGCCCCAUCCCUCAGAUUGUGCCCACCAGCCCCCGCAGCUCGACUGGCAAGAGGAGGAACAGGAAGAAGGACCACAAGAGCUCAUUAUCUCUGGCAUCCAGUUCUGUCGGCCCAGGGGGGCAGGUUUUUCAUGUGGAAACGAGCGAAGUCGUCCUGAGGGGGGAUCCGCUCACAGGUUUUGGGAUCCAGCUUCAGGGAGGUGUCUUUGCUACAGAGACCCUGUCCGCUCCCCCAGUCAUCCGCUUUAUUGAGCCCGACAGCUCAGCUGAGAGGUGUGGGCUGCUGCAGGUUGGGGACAGACUUUUGUCCAUUAACGGGAUCCCGACUGAAGAUGGCACUUUGGAGGAAGCUCAUCAGCUGCUCCGAGACUCUGCUCUAUCCAAUAAGGUCACCGUGGAGAUUGAAUUUGAUAUUGCAGAGUCCGUGGUUCCCAGCAGUGGCACCUUCCACGUCAAACUACCAAAGAGGAGAGGAGUGGAGCUGGGCAUCACCAUCAGUGCAAGUAAGAAACCUGGCAAACCCCUCAUCAUCUCUGACAUCAGGAAAGGAAGUAUAGCACACAGAACAGGCACUCUGGAGCCUGGAGACAGGCUGCUGGCCAUUGACAACGUGCGUCUGGAGAACUGCACCAUGGAGGACGCUAUGCAUGUCCUGCAGCAGGCAGAGGACAUGGUCAAACUCCGCAUCCAGAAAGAUGAGGACAACAUUGAUGAGUUGGAGAUGUCAGGCUCUAUAAUCUACACAGUUGAGCUGAAGAGAUAUAACGGACCACUGGGCAUCACGAUUUCUGGCACAGAGGAGCCCUUUGACCCCAUCGUCAUUUCUGGCCUCACCAAGAAAGGCCUGGCAGAGAGGACUGGGGCCAUCCAUAUAGGGGACAGAGUCUUGGCUAUCAAUGGGGUCAGUCUGAAAGGAAAGCCACUGAGUGAGGCCAUCCAUCUCCUGCAGAUGGCCGGGGAGUCUGUCACCCUAAAGAUCAAAAAGCAAGCUGACCAAUCCGAUGGCCAUCCGCCUCCGGAGAGAGAAGCUGGCUUUUUAAGUGACACAGAGGAUGAUCUGACAGACUUCCAGAAGCCCAGUAAACACUCAGAUGUCUACUCUGCCACUGUGCCCAGUAUAGACUCUGCAAUGAGCUCCUGGGAUAGCUCAGGGUUUGAUGCAGGCUACGGUAGCCAAGGGACAUAUCUUCACAAAGCGUCUGAUAUAUUACUCAACCCGAAUGAGUGGAGACGUACAAAGCACAGGAGCCAAACCAGUUCAAGCUCUGCAGGCCUAGUGCACCACCCAACACUGUAUGAUGGGAGGUUCACUGAGGAUGAGUGGGACAAGAUACCCGGAUUCGUCAGCCCCCCUCGUUGCCAUGGCACCCUGAACCAGGAAGACAGCUUCUGGUCCCAGGCUCUGCAGGACCUCGAGACCUGCGGCCAGUCGGAGAUUCUCAGGGAGCUGGAGGCAUCCAUGACAGGUAGCGCUCUUAGUCUGUACCUAGAGGAGACAAAGACGAACGAAGACUCAAUGUUUCAGUCUGAAAUCAGUCCCAUUAAGAAAGAGGAGCCUAAGAAAGAAACUAACCUGAACAUGUCGACCGGAGCCAAGGACGUACCAUCGCAGGGCAAAGGGGACCCCUCUGAUAUUUUGUCCCCUACCACCCUGGCACUGCACAAGGUGACUAUAAGGAAAGACCUUGAGAGCCAUGACUUUGGUUUCAGUGUAUCUGACGGUCUCCUGGAAAAAGGUGUUUAUGUCAACAUGAUCCGCCCUGAUGGCCCUGCUGACCAGGCAGGAUUAAAACCGUUUGACCGCAUUCUUCAGGUGAACUGUGUCCGGACCAGGGACUUGGACUGUUGUUUAACUGUGCCCCUAAUUAUUGAAGCAGGAGAUGGCCUGGACUUGGUCAUUAGCAGGAAUCCUCUGGCAGCAGUAGACACCGGGCUGCCCGAUGACUCUGACGACCAAUCAAACUCGCUGUUCUGCUUCCUGGAGCGAAGGACCAACAGUGUUGCCCUGUGAUCACGAGGAUAGACACUAGCUUUCUGAAAACACUGUAGCACCGAGAUCUCACAAAUCACUUCACGCACGAUUAUGUUUGUUACUUGAUCUCUCAGAUAGACUUUAACUCAUGUUCAGCACGCAGAGCAACCAGAAACUGCCACCGUCACUGCCCGAGAGCAUCUCACCCUCACACAGUUACGCACGUGUUCAGUAUUGCCGGUUUUAGUCACUGUGUUCACAUGAUGCAGCUCAUGAGGAGGCUCUGGCUUCAGGGCAGCCCCCUCCCUCUACCCCAACUGCUUUCCUCUCCAGAGGCGAGGCCACAUGCAGGGUUAUAUAACAGGGGAGUCAUAGCUCCUGCCCGAGCCAGGAUGUUAACACACAUGCCUCAGCUCUGGAGAGAAUCAAAUGCUGCACACGCACACACAGCAUAUAUUUACUUUGUUUACUUUAAUGAGCUUCUAGCUCCCAUUGAAAGAAAACGUCUUUCUUUUGUUACACACAUGCAAUGCUUCACGCACAUAUGAAACACCCACGCAUAAAACGCAAGGUGUUACCUUAAGGGUCAAGCCUUGUGCAUAUUUGAGUUAUUUCAGCCACAACUUGGCGAACUGCCUAUGUUUCCAGUCUCUCUUCCACACUGCCUGCCAUAGAGACGGGACAGUGCCUCCAAAUAGACAUACGCUCUCUGCUACUUGCCAAGUAUCGUUAACCUAAAGCCCCUUAUAUAUUAAUACCAGGAAUGCUUGUGAAGACGUUCUAACCUUUCAGUUUUGAAGUGGACGUCCCUUGAUGGAUGCAUGGUCUCCAACAUCCAGAGAUUAUAUAUUUAUUUGUUCUUCCUGUCUUGAUGACUCAAGCCACGUGUUUUACAAAGAUGUUUUCAGUUUCACAUUCUGCACAUGUUUCUUCCUAAACACUGCACAUUUCUCAGAUAUGAUCUAUAAGUUCAAAUUUCCCUUUCACCUUUUCACAUUUCACCAUGUGACUACUACUUCUUCUCUGUAUGUGGCACCGCACAACAAUGAUUUAUGGGUUGGUUUGUAGUCCAACACUGAUGCUUCCUUGAGUGAAACGCAUAAACGGGGGGUGAAAUACGUUUUAAAUCUUUCAAUGAUGAAUGAUUUUUGUUUUCACUUUCACUUCAGACUGGAUUCAUUAUUAGUUUGACUCCUUUUAUUUGCAGUAGCUGUGCUGCAAGUAUCUUUAAGCCUGUUAAGCAUGCAUAGGAUCUGUCCUCAGCAAGUAGCUCUUCAUAUACUAAAACAACACAGGAGUAAGAGAGAGCUUCCCUUUUUUUAAUCAUGACAUUGUUUUUUUUAUACAGCUUUUGUGUAACAUAUCUGGCCUGCUAAUCCAAGAGGAACAUUUCAUGUAUGUGAGGCUGAUGUGAAGAUGUUGUGAGAUACUUGCACUGUCCAGUUCAGCAUCAGAGACUGAUUAAUCCUUGGGAUGGUUUUUCAAUUUGAUUUCAGACUUGUCUUAUAUUAAAUGUUGUAUACAGAUGCCUAUUUUUAAGGUUUUAUAUUCAUUUACUGUAUCUGUAUUUAUAUUUUACUGUAUGAUGUAUGCAGUGUUUUAUUUCUAUUUACAGUACAUACAGUAUAGUAUCUUCAUGUAAACUGUGAUACUGAAUGUGACUGCAUAUUUAUUUU